CUUUAUUAGUUUAUUCAUUCAUUAAUCUUACACACUGUUAGAAGAGUGAAGUGAUUCUUUAUUCCUGUAGAGGAGCUGCUGUGUGGAAUCAUGCUGAAAUCUCUGCGUUACCAACUCAAGGCCAGUAAGCGGGUCUCGUCCUCCGUCUGGUUCGAGGGGAGUCUGGAGGACGAGGAGGAGGAAGAGGAUGAAGAUUUUUACGUGGUGGAAGCUCAGGACGGGUGCGGAGAUGGACGGAAGCCGGAGAGCGAGUGCGCGGCGUGGGACGUCCCGAGUCUGCUGGGACUGCAGGGCGUCGACUGUGAUCUUCUGUACGAGACGAGACUGUCCGAGAGCAGCAACGUGCUCAACGUCAGUCAGAUACAGCAGCUGUCCGAGUCUCUCCCCGCUGCGUUAAAUGUGUGUGAGUGGACGUUGGCGUACAGAACUCAGACCCACGGCAGCAGUUUGCAGACGCUCUACAGAUCCACCAGUCAGCUGGAGAACUGCAUGAUCGUCCUUGUUAAAGACACCUGCGGACAGGUAUUCGGCGCAGUUUGCUCCGCCCCUCUGAGAGUUAGCCCCGCCUACUACGGUACAGGACAGACCUUCCUCUUCUCGUUCACUCCGAGUCUUCAGGUUUUUAAAUGGACAGGAAUGAACUCGUACUUUAUUAAGGGCAGCGUGGACUCACUACUGUUCGGAGGAGGACGGGGUCAUUUCGGGUUGUGGCUGCACAGUGACCUGCUGCGGGGUCGGAGCCAGACCUGCGAGACCUUCAGUAACCACGUCCUCUCAUCCCAGGAGGAUUUCCUGAUCAGUGAGCUCGAGGUUUGGGCCCUUAACUGACUGUUCGCUCCACGUUACCGAAUAUUAAGCUGAAAGAGGAAAGGGCGUGGCUCCUGGGCGUCGGAGUCCGGACGGGCUUGCGUACACCCCCUCAUCGAGCUGGUGGAGAUGCUGCUGCUGCUGCUGCUGGAUCUGAUGAUGAGAAUUAAACUGGUUAAAUGGAUGAAAAGCUUCAGCUGGAGCAACGUGGUGGUGAGAAUCAGGACUGAUGUCAUGGAUGUCACCACUAGGUGGAGCUGUGGAGAAGAAAAGGACCUCCGUGGUGCCUCCUUACGAUGGAUUUACAGAGGAUUUGUGUUAUAAAAGGAUGGAAUUACGCGAGGACUUAAAGCUAGACCUCAGGAAGGAUGCAGAGAUCCCGGCCAGCACAAGCCUGUAGUCUGCAGUGUGUAUAGAAUCUGUGCGACCUCCUAAAAUGAGCUGUUUUUUAUCGUUUUUUCUCAUUUAUUUAUCUUAGAUAUGUCUAGAAAUGAAAAAAAAUGGACACACCAUAAUGUGGCUCAGGUUACAUUAUUAUAGCUAUACAAUAAAUACAAAUUAUAAUAAUAUUAAUUAAGAAAUCAAUAAUAUCAAGAUGUACAUCAACCUUCUUUAAUUUGGAAUGUUCAAGCAGAUUCCAUUCCUACAAUAUGUGUUACAGAUACACAGCAACUAAAUACACUAUAUGGCCAAAAGUAUUCGGACGCCUGACCAUGAGCCUGCUGGACGUCCCAUUUCCAAAAACAAACAUUAUAAAAAUAGAGCUGAGCUCAGGGCUCUGUGCAGGACACUGGAGCUGUUCUUCAUGUCUUUAUAGAGCUCGCUCAUGCUGGAACUGGGAAAGUCCUUCCCUAAACUGUUGCUGCAAAGUCAGAAGCAUGUGAUUUCCUUUAUAUGAUUGAUUUAUUACACCUGUGUCCACUUGUUGUAACACUGUAAUUGUGAAAGAUUCUAUAAUUCUAUUUUUUUCUUGUUAAAUAAACACAAAUUAAAUAUUA